AUGUUAAGUCAGAGAACCCACCCGGGCAUGCUCUUACUCCUGAUGUUUCUCUGCCACUUCAUGGAAGAUCACACAGUGCAGGCUGGGAACUGCUGGCUCCGGCAGGCGCGGAACGGGCGCUGCCAGGUCCUCUACAAAACCGACCUCAGCAAGGAGGAGUGCUGCAAGACCGGCCGUCUGACAACUUCGUGGACGGAAGAGGAUGUCAACGACAACACGCUGUUUAAGUGGAUGAUUGUUAAUGGGGGAGCCCCAAACUGCAACCCAUGCAAAGAAACGUGUGAGAACGUGGACUGUGGACCCGGGAAGAAAUGUAAAAUGAACAAGAAGAACAAACCUCGGUGUGUUUGUGCUCCGGAUUGCUCUAAUAUCACUUGGAAGGGCCCCGUGUGUGGCUUAGAUGGGAAAACCUACAAGAACGAGUGUGCCCUUCUCAAAGCCAGAUGUAAAGAACAGCCUGAACUUGAAGUCCAGUAUCAGGGCAAAUGCAAAAAGACCUGUAGGGAUGUUUUAUGCCCAGGCAGCUCCACAUGCGUGGUUGAUCAAACUAAUAAUGCCUACUGCGUGACAUGUAAUCAUGAACAGAAUCUCUGCGGGAAUGAUGGCAUAACUUAUGCUAGUGCCUGCCACCUGAGGAAAGCUACCUGCCUACUGGGCAGAUCCAUUGGAUUAGCCUACGAAGGAAAAUGCAUCAAAGCCAAAUCCUGUGAAGACAUUCAGUGCAGUGCUGGGAAAAAAUGCUUGUGGGAUUUUAAGGUUGGCAGAGGUCGGUGCGCCCUCUGCAAUGCCCCAUGCCCUGAAAGCAAGUCAGAUGAGGCAGUCUGUGCCAGCGAUAACACGACUUACCCAAAUGAGUGUGCCAUGAAAGAGGCAGCCUGCUCCAUGGGUGUGCUUCUAGAAAUAAAGCACUCUGGAUCUUGCAACUCCAUUAAUGAAGAUCCAGAGGAAGAAGAGGAAGAUGAAGACCAGGACUACAGCUUUCCUAUAUCUUCCAUUCUAGAGUGGUAAAAUGUCCAUCAUUAUUGGAACAGCCAUUGGGCACAAAAUCAAUGUCCGUACUGUAAAUAAGUGUAUGCUUAUUUAUUUUGGGAAGAAAAAAGUAUACAUAUAUUUGAGUCUGGUAGACAUUUUAUUUAUACUGUGUCAUGUUUUAUAAUUUAGACAUAAAAUGUCUAGUUGACUGUACACCUUACUUUUUGAAGAAAUUUAUUCAUUAAGGGAAGAGCAAUGUUAUUUAUUGUGAGGUCUCUUGCUUGCUAAGCUUUUCUUUUUUCUUGUAAACUAUAAAAGUCCAUUCCUUAGAGUUUACCCACAUGAUCUCAUAUCUUUGUUUCACUGAUGUUAACUAUCUUCUACUUUAACAAACUUGCAUGUCGGUUUCUGUUAUGUUUGUUUAUUGGAUUUUCUGCUUGCCCAUUCUGUACUUAAAAGAUCCCUCAUUUUUUGUUUACAAGAUAUCUUAACUGACCAAAAGGCAUUGUAACUCAAAUAUACUUCCAGGGUGCAUUGAGACAAUCUUUAAGGAAACUUCUUUCACUUUACUUUUCUCUACUUCUGAUCACAUCACAUACUGAAGUGAUCUCAAUGUGCUUAUCAUAUAUAC